AGUAAAAGUGAACCAUUGUAACAUUAUUCUACCUGGUUUCAAAAUGUUUAAAACCUUUUUUUUCCUUGUAGGUAUUGGUCCCCUGAAGAGGCAGGGACUCAGGACAAGGCUCAGGUAGUUUCUUGGAUAAGUUAAAUAAGGUUUAGAUGUGCUCAUUUUGACUUGCAUAUAGGUCUUUCAGAAUAUGAAUUUGCUUAUAAGGCUUAGGUAAAAAGUCACAGUUGUAUGUAUAUUAUUGACAGAAACCAAAGAAUAAUGUUAAUUGAUAAUCUCUAUUGUUUAUUAUAUAACACAUAUUUUGCAAACUGUUUUUGAGUGCCAGCUUUAUACUAGGCACUGGCUUACACACUGUAUGGGGGAACAAACCAAAUAUUUAUGAUGCGGAAUGAUAAGUGUAUGAUAGAGAUAUUUGUAGGGUAAGAGUUCAGAGCACAGAGGAGAGGUUAACCAAGGAUCAAGGAAGACUUCUCAGAGGAAGUGACUUUAGCUCUGAAUCAUAAACCACAGAAGAAUUAAUCAAGUACUGAAGGCAAAUAAGGGAGUGCCAGACAAAAGGGAAAGCAUAUGAAAAAGCAUCAAGAUAUAAAACAUUGUUCAGAGAACAGUCUAGGUAGAUACUUCCAGGUAGCACCUCAUGCACAAUGGCUGUCCUAAUAAGUAAUAAAUUUCUUAUUACAAAAUUGUGACUUCCUCUUUGUGAAUCAGUGGCUUGGACAACAUUUAAUAGAUAAUAGACCCUCGGUAAAUAUUUCUUGAAAGAAUGACCACAAUAUGAUAAAUGGUAACUUUUUUUUUCCUUAUGUAUAAGCUGUUGUAGGAGUUGAUGGGGGCAAAGAAGACUUUAUAUAAAAUAGUCAUGAGUUGAGACUUGAAAGAUGAAUAGAAAAUUCAUUUACGUGACCCUUUUGUGCCCACCUCAUAUUAAACAAUAGCUUUAUCAUAAAUUAGUCAAAUCAGGGAGAGGAGAUAACUCUUUCUUAUAGAAGAAUUUAAAGUAAUAAAUGUAGAUACGCAUGCCAGUGAGUAAAGGGUAAAGAAAGGAACAUUCUAGACAGGGGGACAUAUUUCAAGAUGCAGAGAGCAUAGAGCUGCAUUGUUUAAUAUGGUAGCCACUAGCGACUACAUGUGACAUUUUAAAUUUAAAUUUAAAUUAAUUAGAAUUGAAUAAAAUAAAAACUUUAGUACCUUAGUCACAUUUGCCAACUUUUAAGUUCCCAAUUACCCACCUAUGACUGGUAUUGUAUAGAAUGGGCAUAGAACAUUUACAUCAUCACAGAAAGUUCUGUUGGACAACACUGUCAUAAUGUGUUUAGGAAACUUCAGGAAUCUGAUUUACUGCGAGUGUAGGUUGCAGUGUUGACAUGGAAGUUGCAAAGGCCAGGUGGAAGGAAAUGAUGCUGCAAGAGUAAGCUUAGUUCAAAUCAUGGCAAAGAGGUUGGACUCACCCUGUGAGAUUUGAGCCGGCUGCGGUUGGGGGGUGGGGGUAAGGAGUGUUUAGUUUUGAUUGUUGAAGAUAGGGGCUGAUGAAUUGAUCUGAUUAGUGUUUUUAAAGAAUCUUUGUAGCAGCAAGACAAAAAGUGGAUUGAAAGGGUGAAAUUAGUGUUCAGAAGCUUAUUGUAUAGUAGAUCAGCAGUCCAGAUGAGAAAGAUGCUGAAGACUGAGCUAAAUCAGAGGUCAUGAGGAUAGAAUGAAGGCAGACUUGAAAGCUAUUUAGAGAUAGGACUGAGGAUUUGUUGUGGGAGCGAACAGCAUCUAGAUGGCUGUCAUUUCUGGGUUGGUCAUUUAAGUAGAUGGUAUAGGACAUAAAUGGGGAAACGCGGGUUUUAAAAAGAGAAAAGGAUUGUGACUGGUUUUGGCUACAUUCGCUUUGGAGAUAGGCUCAAUUUAAUAGAGUCUGGAGGUGAGAAUAAAAUUCAGGACCAAAUAUGUGUUUCUGGGAAUUGCCGGAGUAUAAUUGGUUUGUGAAGCUUAAAGUUUGGAUGACAUUGCCCAGGAAAAAUGUGUAACACAGAAAGAGAAAAGCUACAGACAGACCCUAACAUUUAUUAAGUGUAGAAAGAUAGGGCCUUAGAAGGAGGAGGAGGAGAAAGAAUAGCUAGGAAAAAAAGAAUAGUAUUAAUAAAGAAUUGUGCCAAAAGAGCUGAAGGAAGAUAGUACUUCAAGGAAGUCACGGAUCCGGAGAAGUCAUAUAAGAGGAUCAUAAAGUACAUAUUGGAUUUGUGGAACAGAAGUCAUUGGGAACCUUUAGGAACUGCGAUUUGCUGAACUACCAGAGGGAGGUAGGAGGAGAGGGAUGGAGAGAGAGACAGACAGAGACAGAGACAGAGACAGAGAGAGACACUUUGGUUGAACAUGCGAAGACCAAGUCCUGUUCUACGUUCCUCCAUUCACAGUAUACCUUGGAUGAACUUUGCUUCUUUUCCUAAGGUUACUUUUAUGCAGGUAUCCAAUAGGAAGAGCACUCUUCGGUCUUCAGCUAUGGAACUGGAUGGCUCCUACUUGAGUGUAGCCAAAUCACAAACCUGCUAUCAAACCAAGCAGAGGCCUAUGUCUGCAAUCCAAGACUCCGCUUCAGAAUCCCUUGUGGAGUUUAAGAAUAAUUCUUUGAAGCCAGCAGAUUUUCAUUGUCCUAAAGAGGACCAAGACAGGGUGCCAUUAGAGACCAGAACAUGUGAUUAUGGAUCCCCAGGGAGAAAACUAGUAGACGCAGUCCCUACAGAGAAAGCCCCACCAGCGGAAUUGAAGAUGAAACAAUGCCAACACCUGAAGCCUUCUCCAUCCAGUCAGUGUUGUGGUCAUAGACUUUCUGAAAAUGAAGAUCAUGUUCAUGAAAGUCAUCCUACGCACACGGCCCCUCAAUAUUCCAAAACACAUCUGGAAUCAUGCAAUAAUUGUGGGCUUUCCUGGGCAUCCCUGCUGCAUGGUCAAGGAACACAGCAGGCUAGUGAAACUGAUGUGAGAAAGCAACUCUCGGAAAAUAGAAGGCAGCAACUUAUGCUUCAGAAAAUGGAGCUGGAAAUUGAAAAAGAGCGCCUUCAGCAUCUGCUGACCCAGCAGGAGACAAAGCUUCUCCUGAAACAGCAGCAGCUUCAUCAGUCUCGACUGGAUUAUAAUUGUUUAUUGAAGUCAAAAUAUGCUGACUGGCUGCUGGGAGCAUCAUCAUCCAUCAAAAAGUACCAGGAGUCCACUAACAGUGGUGAAAAUAGAAGGGAGAAGAAGACAGUUGGGUUUCAAUCACAAACAGAAGAUAAUGCCCUAUGGACAUGUCAAAAGAAAGAUGCAUAUCGACCCCAAAGAGGGACAUUGGCAGGAAUUAGAAAAGAUGCGUCCACAUCUCCUAUGACAACAGGAAGCCAAAAGGAGCUUGUAAUCACAACCAUGUCAUCACUGCAGCAUGACACUUCCCGGUAUGAGACUUCUCUGUUGGAUUUGGUUCAAUCUCUGAGUCCAAAGUCUGCUCCCAAACCUCAGCCCCAUCCCUCCAGAGAAGCUGGGGCCUGGAAUCACAGUACUUGCCGAUUUAGUCCUCGAAAAUCAAUCUGGAACAAGGUGGGGGCAGGCAGGACCCCUGAAGACCUGGAGGAGAAUCAAAUUCUGGAAGAUAUCUUUUUCAUUUGACAUUGAAACACAUGCUACAAAAUUUCCAUCAGAAAUGUGUGGGCUUCUUUAUGUACUGAUCUAGAGUGUUAAAUCAUUUGAUGGCAAAGUAACCAUGUCUCUCCCAUACUAGCAUCCUGUUGUGUAUUGAACACAGAAAUCAUUCUACGAACCCGGAGUGGUUUUGGUCAGACCAAUCAGUAGGUAACACAUUAAGGGGUUAUGGGGGUGGAGGGUAGUAUCUUUUCUAGGCCAAGCCUUGUCAUAUUCGGCCUGAUUUCAAGAGUGUUUCCUUCUCAAUACUUUAUUGGAAAAGGUUGGCUUUCUUUCGUAUACAAGGAGAACGUUUUCACUGAAAGAUCCCUCUGAUUUCAAAGUAGCCCCUUUGUAACAUAAGCAGUUUUAGAAAGACCCUUUACCUCUCCUUUACCUCUGUUCCCUCACUGCCUGCCUCUAUGUACGCGUAGCCAUUGAAUCCCAAAGUUGGAGCUCCUGUGCCUAUGCUCACAAGCAACCCUGGGGACUAAUUGUGAGCCGGUAUCAGUAGUCAUCAGCCCAGCAGCUGCCCAUCCCUCAACCAAGGGGCACAAUGGGCUAGAGGGAGGGACCCACCCAACCCUUGGAAACCAGCAUUAAAUCACACAACAGAGUGACUACCCUCAGGAAAUACAAUGGAGGCACAGGCCUAAAGUGCUUUUCCUGCGUCCACCCAUUUCCCAGGAUAAAUAAGAGCAAUAUCUCAGUACGUCUUAUUGGCCCAAGUGCUAUAUUCUUCACUCUUCGGAACUGCCCAUGGCUGUAUCUGGGGAAGAUGGCAGAGCUAGAGAGGGGCAUCAGCUACCACAGGCUGAUAGGCUCUCCCUGGGCCUCCCUCCUACCUAUGAGGAUCAAAGGCCCUGGUGACCAGGCCUUUUAUGUGCUCUGCUCAGGAUCACUGUCCCACUGUCCCAUGACCUCAAAGAACCAUCUCUACUUGCCAGAUUCUCCUUCACCACCCCAGGCAGAGUCUCUCCAUCUUUCCCACUGGGCCUCCAUUUGACCCGAGAAGGCCUGUGGGAGAAGUACACUUGAGGCCUCGUUUUCUCUCUGUUCUCCUAUUCAGCAGAGCUCUUGAGAUGGGUCCUUCAGCUUACAAUGGGCUCUGGUGGGCACUUAUGCUGAUCGGCAGCAUGAUAAGCCCGGUAGAUCCAGUGAGUUUAAAACUUCCCAGUCAUUGGAAGCAAGGGGAAAAUGUGUCCCCAGAUGUGUAUGCUCAAUGACUUUAUUUGAUCUGGAAAGUGUUGCUUUUUUUCUCUCCCUUUCACCAGUCCCAGGCUUGAAGUAGGACCAAGAGUCUUUGUCAGUUAGUGAGUGUUGGUAGCCAAAGUCAGGCCACCCAGUGUAAACUGCAUUUAGUGAGCCUGCAUGGCCUUAUCAAAACUAGAUUAUUUAAGCCUACAAAAACCUUGUUAAACAGAUUCCUCAUCUGAAUAGAUCUAAAUUUCACCGUCUCUUCAGGCUGAGGCCCUAUCAUCUCUACUCAGCCUUCCUUUACUUGGGUCUUUUUGUUCUUUGGAAAAAAGAAUGGAACCUACCAAUACCAUAUCCUUAAUUCGAGGUCAAGAUUAACUAGGUUUAGGCAUUCAACUGAAAGUUUGAAAAAAUACUACCAAUUACAAUGUCCUUUUAAAAUUCACCCCUGUGAGAGUAACUGAGUCAAUUUCAUCCCAUUUCAAAAAGGGUUUGGAGUUUCUUUUGGUGUGGCAGAAGGGGUAGAAGCUGAGAGCCCUCAGCCAUUUUCUCAAUUAAAUUUAAGUUUCCAGAACUUUCUUUUCCUUGCCCCAGGUGUCAUGAGUACCUUAAGUACAUCCCCCCUUGGAUCAGCCAUAACUACACUCUCCCGUUUGGACGCUGGUGUCUUUACAGCUCUCCAGAGUAAGAGGGUGCCAGAAGGACCAAGAAAAGGAUUAUGAUUUCUUUAAGAAGCUUGUUUGCCUUUAGAAGAAUCAUAAGUGAGAUUUAAGCUGAGGUCUUUUGGGGUGAGUCUAUCACAUGCCACAGAUUGGAGUUUAAUUGCUUCUUUACCUCCCCCUGCAUGAGCAAUUUGGAAGAGCCAAGAUGAAUUUUCAGCAGAGCAUCAAUCAACAUACUUUUCAUAUGCUACAUUCCGCCACCAGUUGCCUUUCUGUAUCCUGGGGGCAUUUCCUGUGUGUCAGGGCAGUAGGAUGUGAAUUUGUGUCUAAUCCAGUAUCUUCCUUAUGAAUUGAACAGUGUAUGUUAACAUCUUACUCUGUCUUGGAGAUACAUAUGUGGAGAUACAUAUAUAUAUGAAAAGGUUCUUGUAGGACCUCGAGGCUGUUGUAGAGCCUGGACGCUUGACCUAAUUGCAGAUAUCGUAUGGAAAGAGGAGCAGACACAGAGGGGUCAGGCUUUCUUCCUGGUAAAGUACUCCCAAAGUGACUGCCUCCAGCUGCUUCCUCAAAGCAAGACUGGAUACGUAUUAGGAGAGCUGCACAUAGGGCCACAACAUUGCCUACCCUGUUACCCACUAUUCUGUGAGAGAAAAAAACAACCAGUGUUUGCAAAAUGGGAAAAGGCAAAGUAUGUCCACCAAAGCUCCCUACAAGGGCCCAAAGUGCCUGAUUUAGGAAACUAAGGUUAAUCAAGGAAAAGCUUUUGCUGACAGUCAUCCUUCCUGGAGGCACACUUGUGUUCAUCCAAACAGACCCCAUGGUGGGGACUUCUCUAGAAAACCCCAAACAUCACGGGGAAGGAGGGGCCCUCUCCUUCAGAGCUGCCCUUGGCACUUGGCCCAGCUCCCAGCACCUGGCUCCUACGAGAGAUUUGCUAGCCAGAGACUCUGGGAAGCAAUAGGCCUAAAAGGAGAGAGCCGGAUGAAGUCUGCGGUCAUUAAUGAGGUGGAGAGGCUACAGCAGACUCCUCCCAGCUCGUGCUUUAGCCUCACCUCAGUGCAUAUUGUUUCUAAUGUGGGCAACUGUUCAUAUACGUGAGAGAUUUUAAGUUAAUCAGUUAUCUCCAUGGCUAUUCUCCUCAUGUGGUUGUGGUAUCGAAUCAUCCCUUCGACACCCCUCCUCAGAUCUGUGCGGCGUAGCUUGGAAGCAAGAGCAGCACCACAAGUUAUCAAAAUGUUGUUUUCCUCAGUAUGUGUUAAACAUCAGGAGUGUGGGUCAGCUCAGAGAGAGGAAACGGUUUGCCACAAACUGUUAGGUUUUCCUGGUUGACUCCAACCCACUCCCAUCACGUGGACCCCAAGUCUCCUCUAGGCUGUGUGGUUGCUGGAAAGGAAGUUUCAAUUUACGUGCACCCCUGAGUCCCUUCCACGUGCCUGUCACCCAAAUUGUUCAGCAAGGAAGGACUAUCACAGCACUCGGACACAGGAAAAAUGGUCCUGUCUAGGUGGCUUUAGGUGCUAAGAGAUGCUGGGGAGGGCUUGUGUGCCUGAAAUGCCCAGUUUUGAGAUCAGACUCGUGGGUCCAAUUAACAGCCAGAGACUCUAUCCUGCCCCUUUUUCCCCAGGUCAAUCUGGCACCUCCCCCUGAUCAAGGGGACUGCAGGUAUCCCUCAGAGGAGGAGGUGGCAAGACCACAGUCCUCACUCAACCAGCUCCGAGCCCUGUGCGCCAUCUUGUUCAAUACUUCUGAUAUUUGUACUUUUAAAAAAUCAUUUCAGGGGGGCGCUUGGGUGGCUCAGUCGGUUAAGCAUCCGACUCUUGAUUUCGACUCAGGUCAUGAUCUCACAGUUCGGGAGUUCAAGCUCCAUGUCAGGCUCCACGCCAACGGGGCGGAGCCUGCUUGGGAUUCUCUCUGUGCUUCUCCCCCGCUCGCUCGCUCUCUCUCUAAAAAUAAAUAAACUUUAAAAAAAUAAUAAAAAUACAAAACCAUUUUAGUAUAUAAGUGUCUCUUGUAAGCCACCUUUAAUUCUUCGUGGAAUGAGGACAGGGAAACAUGUACGUGUGCCUAAGUGUUCAGCAUGUUAUCUUGUGCACCGAUAACGAACAUGAGGCCUGACCGACCCUAACUGAGGCCAUCGGCCAGUAAAGAAUAGAAUUCCAACUCAGAAUCUGGGGGUGGGAGGGCCAUUACUCCCUUCUCCCCCCUCUGUCUUCCGGUCAAACCCGAGUAGUAACGAGUCCUCCUCCUACUCCUCAAUCUGCCCCCUCCGCCCUCUCUGCUGACACAUCUCUAGGACAACAGUCUCUGUGUUGGGCUCCCUGCUAGAUGGCCUGGACUCAUCCUUGAAAGAGUGACUUAACCCUCUUUGCCUCGCUCUUAUCUUUAAAUGGGGAUCGUGACAGAGGCUACCUCAGAAUUGUCGUGAAGGUGCAGCGAGCAUGUCGAGCGCUCAGCACAGGGCCCUUCCCAGCACUUAGCAGAGAGCUGGACCAAAUCUUUGAGACCCAGGCACCGGCUCACUUCUGCAGAGGAGGAAACUGAGGCAGAGGCCUGAAGCCUUUCCAGGACAAUCCUGCUUCCACCCUUCCCGUGGUUAGGUUGUGUGUCUGUGUGAGCCUUGGGAAUACAGUCAGCGAAGAGGCUUCUGAGUGAAGAGUCGUGAUGCAAGUGCCUGGAAUGGGUAGCCUCUUCCAAAGUAAUACAGCGAUUACAAGCACAGAAUCUGCCAGCAGGGGACCAGGGCUCACACCCCAGCUCUGCCGUACCGGUGACUUUCAGUACACAGCUGAAGCUCCUCUGUAAAACCGGGUCCAGGGUUAUCGGGAAGACAACUGGGAUGGCAUCAGUGAAGUAGCCAGGACAGUGUCUGGGUCAUCAGUGGUGGGGGGAGGUUGUUUUUAAACAAGGCCCUGCAUCUUCCCCAGCAUAUUCCCCGCCUACCUAAGACAUCUGACAGUUCUUCAGAAUGUCUGCCCAUGGGCCCCUCCCUUGGGGCUCACCCUCCAGCGCCCAGCCCAAGUGUCUCCUCCCUAGACUUGGCCCCUUGCCUUCCAUCCUCAGGGUCGCCCCAAGCCCUGCACCACACUAUUCCGCAGUUGUCUUUGUCAGGGAACCUCAUAUGGGGGAAUGAGUGCAGCUGAUUUUUAUUCUGGGCCCCAUUACUUUCUUGCAGUGGCAUUUUGGGCAAGUUACUUACCUUCCCCAAGCCUCUUACUGUGAUUCACGUGGAGACUCUGGAAACCAGAAGAAUUCUCAUACCUCAAUUAGUGGAGUACGGGGCCCUCAGAAAUGGUUACAUUUUCCCCCUUGAUUUUGAGUGGUGGAGAACCAGUUUGCAUCGAUCUUGUAAGUUUGUUUAUAGUUUUCUGCAGAGUUCAGUGUACUGGGGUAAACAAAGCUGUCACGAACUCAAAAGGUUUUGAACCUCAAGUGGCUACAUCAACUAUUAAUAAAUAUUCCAUUUAUGAA